AUGGCACCCGGAAAAGGUGGCUACAAACAGAUCAAUAAAGCACUCAAUAUCUGUGCCUUUGAAGAUUAUCUAGAUGGGCAGCAAGCAACUCUACCACCGAUACAGGAUGUAGAGCAAAUCAGUCCUCGUGUGAUUCGUAUACUUGGCCAAAAUCCAGGAAAGUUUACACUCCAAGGAACGAAUACAUAUAUUGUUGGAACGGGCUCUGAGCGUCUCAUCAUAGACACUGGCCAGGGCAUCCCGGACUGGGCCGAGCUUAUCGCGAAUACCCUGCUCGAAGAGAACUUCUCUCUCUCCCAUGUUCUCUUAACGCACUGGCACGGGGACCACACAGGUGGUGUUCCUCAUUUACUGAGAUUAUAUCCCGAUCUUGAUUCGCGUAUCUACAAGCACACCCCCAGCAAGGAUCAGCAGCCUAUCGUGGAUGGCCAAGUGUUCAAGGUCGAAGGAGCGACGGUCAGAGCUGUGCACUCGCCAGGACAUUCGACGGAUCAUAUGUGUUUCAUCUUAGAAGAGGAGGGAGCCAUGUUCACCGGAGAUAAUGUUCUAGGCCAUGGAACAACUGCCGUGGAACAUCUAAAUACCUGGAUGCAAGCACUGGAGACAAUGAGAUCGCACAAUUGCCAACAGGGAUAUCCCGCUCACGGGAUAGUCAUCCAGGACCUACAAAGUAGAAUCACGGGACAGUUGGCGCAGAAGCGUCGCCGCGAAGGUCAAGUUCUGAAAGCGCUGCAGCAGAGCAAGAUGAAAGAGAGGACAACACCUGGAGGGCGUGGUAAAGGCAGUGUCACGGUGAAGGAGUUGGUGACUGCCAUGCAUGGUAACAGUCUGGAUGACAGUGUCAGAGAACUGGCUUUGGAGCCCUUCACCGAGGAGGUUCUACGCAAGCUGGCAGAAGAUGGAAAUGUGGCAUUUGAGAUCAGAGGUGGAGUCAAGAAGUGGUUUUCUAUAGAGGACGUGUUAUUUCAGUAA